GCCAGUCUUCCUCUCCCAGCUCGAUCGAGCUGCAGCACCAGGACGAUCGCGAGUAGACGAGAAGCGAUCGAGAGCUUGUUGUUGGAACAAUAAUGGCGGGAGGUCAGCUCAACGUCUUGGCCACCCUCGACCAGGCCAAGACGCAAUGGUACCAUUUCAUGGCGAUCGUCAUCGCCGGCAUGGGCUUCUUCACCGACGCCUACGACUUGUUCUGCAUCGCGCUUGUCACCAAGCUCCUCGGGCGCAUCUACUACACGGAGCCCGGCUCCAAGGACCCCGGAACCCUCCCGCCCAGCGUGUCGGCCGCCGUCACCGGGGUCGCGCUCUGCGGCACGCUCGCGGGGCAGCUCUUCUUCGGGUGGCUCGGCGACAAGCUCGGCCGCAAGAGCGUCUACGGCUUCACCCUCAUCCUCAUGGUGCUCUGCUCCGUCGCGUCGUCCCUCUCGUUCGGGCACACGGCCAAGGGCGUCAUCGGCACGCUCUGCUUCUUCCGCUUCUGGCUCGGCUUCGGCAUCGGCGGCGACUACCCGCUGAGCGCCACCAUCAUGUCCGAGUACGCCAACAAGAAGACCCGCGGCGCCUUCAUCGCCGCCGUGUUCGCCAUGCAGGGCUUCGGCAUCCUCUUCGGCACCAUCGUGGCGAUCGUCGUCUCGGCGGCGUUCCGGAACGCGUACCCGGCGCCGUCGUACGCCGAGAACGCCGCGGCGUCCCUGGUGCCGCAGGCCGACUACGUGUGGCGCAUCAUCCUCAUAUUCGGCACCGUCCCCGCCGCCCUCACCUACUACUGGCGCAUGAAGAUGCCCGAGACGGCGCGCUACACGGCGCUCAUCGCCCGGAACACCAAGCAGGCCGCGGCCGACAUGACCAAGGUGCUGCACAAAGAGAUCCAGGACGAGGACGAGGAGGUGCAGCGCCAGGUGGUCGCCGGCGACACCUGGGGCCUCUUCUCGCCGCAGUUCGUGCGGCGCCACGGGCUCCACCUCCUGGCCACCACCAGCACGUGGUUCCUCCUUGACAUCGCCUUCUACAGCCAGAACCUGUUCCAGAAGGACAUCUUCAGCAAGGUCGGGUGGAUCCCGCCGGCGAGGACCAUGAACGCCAUCGAGGAGCUGUUCCGCAUCUCGCGCGCGCAGGCGCUCAUCGCGCUGUGCGGCACCAUCCCGGGCUACUGGUUCACCGUCGCGCUCAUCGACGUCGUGGGCCGGUUCUGGAUCCAGCUCAUGGGCUUCCUCAUGAUGACCGUGUUCAUGGUCGCGCUGGCGGUGCCGUACGAGCACUGGACGCAGCCGGCGCACCACACCGGCUUCGUGGUGCUCUACGGGCUCACCUUCUUCUUCGCCAACUUCGGGCCCAACAGCACCACCUUCGUCGUGCCGGCGGAGAUCUUCCCGGCGAGGCUCCGGUCCACGUGCCACGGCAUCUCCGCCGCCGCCGGCAAGGCGGGGGCCAUCGUCGGCGCGUUCGGGUUCCUGUACGCGGCGCAGGACCCCAAGAAGCCCGACCACGGGUACGCGCCCGGCAUCGGCAUCCGCAACACACUCUUCCUGCUCGCCGGCACCAACUUCCUGGGCAUGAUCAUGUCGCUGUUCGUGCCGGAGUCCAAGGGCAUGUCGCUCGAGGAGAUCGCCAAGGAGAACGUCAGCGACGACGCCACCGAGGCUCCUGCCAGAGUCUAGCUGCCUACAGACCUGCAGUUUCUGCAGGAAUGCGUCGUGCGUGAUACACGGAUGGUAUUCCCUAUUGUUUAUAUGUUUUCCUCUGUCCUUGUGUGAUUUACAUUAUACUAUUAUUACCUAGCGAUUUUACUGCGGUUUAAUCUGAGUGUAAUUUGAAACUAUUUUUUUAGGGUAAUUUCUCAAAUGAGAAUGUCAUUUGUUUGUGUC